AGUUAUCACUGUGAUUUUGUUUCAUUUGCAACUGGAGACUAAAUGCCACCAGGCAGAAUCUGCUGUUAGGUUAGAUUACAAGGACACUUUGAGACACACAGAAACAUGCAAGCUACACCAUUAGUGUAUUAUUUCCUGCUUGUGUCUCUGUGCAUUGAUUUUUCUCAGAAUGAAACUGGUGUGCUUCCCAGGAGGCAAAGGAGGAGAAUGCACUACAGAGGACCGAGAAGGAGCCCCUUGGCAGGACACAGGUCCCCAAGACAGCCAAGGAUGAAACCUCCAGCUCCAGUUGCUGUAGUACCCAGCAUUCCUCUUAUUAAUAUUGAUGAUGGUGUUAUGGGAGUAUUUGACUCUUUCAUAGGCUUGGGUGGACAGGAAUCUAGUUACAGUGUCUUACCAGGAAAGAAGGGACAGUGCACAGCUAAUGGGAUGAUUAUGUAUGAUAAAGCUGUCUGGUCUCCCAAACCCUGCAUUACCUGUCUCUGUUCAAAAGGAGAAGUGAUAUGUGAUACAACCAUGUGCCACCCCUUGAAAUGUCAAAAAACUAUUAUACCUGAAGGAGAAUGCUGCCCAGUUUGUUCUGAUACUGCCUCCUCUUUGGAUUCCAGUAUUAUUUCAACGGAUGACAUGAGUGAAUUGUCUGGUGAUUCUCCAGAAUCCAACACCCUUGACAACACCAAAGUAUUGUCACCUGCACAUAGUCAAAGAGAGAAAGAUGAACUGCCCAGAACAGAAGUGGUGGAAUUUAAAGAGAAAGAGGGUCAUAAAAAGGAUGAAAAGAAAAGAAAAGGGAAAAAAAAUCGACGGAAGCAUAAAGCUUCUCAGAGACGAAAGACGUCCAUCACGAGAAAGGAAGCUGCAGAAGAGGAAAUACAAUAUGGAAGUGAUGAAGAUGAUGGUACUUUCAGAAUGCCAUCUCAUUUCCCAAUUCCUGUUCCACCCAUAGAAGCUCCUCCUUUGCCAUCUGGAUGUUCCACCUCAGACACCACAAUUAGCUGUGUUAAUGCCAAACUUACACAAAUACCACCAAUUUCAGACCCAGAUCUAACAAGUCUAGACCUUACAGGAAAUAGUAUCACCACUAUCUCAGAUGAAGCAUUCAAUGGGAUACCUAAUUUGGAAUGGAUUGAUCUGAGUAAAAAUAAUAUUACCUCUCCUGGUAUAGGUCCACUAGCAUUCAAAAUCCUGAAAAAGCUAAAACGUUUGUACUUGGAUGGAAACAUGCUGGUACGUAUUCCCUCUGAACUGCCAUCAGCUUUGGAAGAAAUAAAAAUAAAUGACAACCACCUUCAUGCCAUUGAUGAAGAUGGCUUACAAGAUUUAAAGAACUUGGUCACCCUGGAAUUAGAGGGAAAUAAACUUAGUGAAGCGAAUGUCAGCCCUUUGGCCUUUUAUCCUCUGAAGAGUCUCUCUUAUUUGCGACUGGGAAGAAAUAAAUUUAGAAUUAUCCCACAAGGUCUUCCCGCUACUCUUGAGGAGCUAUACCUUGAAAAUAAUCAAAUUGAAGAAGUGUCAGAAAUUUGCUUUAACCAUACAAGAAACAUAAAUGUCAUUGUGCUAAAGCAUAACAAAUUAGAAGAGCACAGAAUAGCACCUUUGGCUUGGAUAAACCAAGAGAACUUGGAAUCAAUCGAUCUCUCUUACAAUAAGUUAUAUCACGUUCCCUCCUAUCUGCCAAAAUCUUUACUACAUCUGAUACUUAUAGGAAAUCAGAUUGAAAGAAUUCCAGGAUAUGUCUUUGGCCACAUGAAACCAGGCCUGGAGUACCUUUACCUGUCCUUUAACAAACUUACUGAUGAUGGAAUAGAUCCGGUAUCCUUUUUUGGAGCAUAUCACUCUCUGAGAGAGUUGUUUUUGGAUCACAAUGAAUUAAAGUCUGUACCAUUUGGAAUCGAUGAAAUGAGAAAAUUACGUUUUCUAAGACUGAACAAUAAUAAAAUAAGGUCAGUCCAUCCAGAACGCAUCUGCAGGGCUCACAGCAAUGACGAUGACAACCAUGACAACAGCGAAGAGGAGGAGAAUGAAGAGUCACGCUUGGAACAUGUUCAUCUUGAAAACAACUACAUCAAUACAAGACAGCUAUCACCACAUGCAUUUUCAUGCAUAAGAUCCUACUGCAGUGUUGUUCUUAAACCACAGAGGAACUAAUAAAUGCCCAACUUUUGCAUUGCAGCCCCUAUCUCCUAGGAACACAGCUUGCUUUAUUCUCUGCUGCUAACAGGUUUGCUUAUUUCUGAUUGAAACCCUUCUCACUACUAUAAAUAAGAUACAGUAUGUUACAUACUGAAAUAAGGAAGCAGUGUAUUUCUUAAUAUUAUUUCACUAUAAAAACAUUAAAUUUAUAAACAGAAGCACAAGCUGGCAUCAAAUUUUCAUUAGCGUGGGCUAGGAGGAGAUUCUCCUCUCUCUCUACUCUGCCUCUGUUGGACUAGAUCAUCUCUAAAGGUCCCUUCCAACCCCUUCCAUUCUAUGAUUCUAUGAAAUUCUGCUUAAACAGACUCAAUUAAACUGUGUCCCCAGAUACACCUCCACAAGAUCAGAUUUUAGAAAACAAAAAUGUAUCUAAACACUCAGCU